GAGAUUAGCAUGGAGAAUCUUCAAGAGGAUUUUCUCUUCUCCUUCAGAAGAAAGCCAUGGCAUUUCUUUAGCUUCGGCUCCCACCAUUGCUCGUAUCCUGGUUCGAGCCAAAAUGCAUGAAGAAAUCGAAGAGCUUCACAAUCUUAUACUCUCUUCGUCAAUCCAAAGGACGAAACUUUCUUCUCUUCUCUCUGUUGUCUCAAUCUUUUCGAAAUCGAAUCACAUUGACAAAGCGUUUCCGCAAUUCCAAUUCGUACGGUCGCGGUUUCCUGAGAACAAACCUGGGAUUUAUCUGUAUAAUGUGUUGCUUGAAAGUUGUAUAAGGGAACGACGUGUGGAGUUCGUUUCGUGGUUGUAUAAAGAUAUGGUUUUGUGUGGGAUUGCUCCACAGACUUAUACGUUUAAUCUCUUGAUACGUGCUUUGUGUGAUUCAAGUUGUGUUGAUGCUGCUCGAGAGUUGUUCGACGAAAUGCCUGAGAAAGGUUGUAAGCCAAAUGAGUUUACUUUUGGGAUUUUGGUUCGUGGGUAUUGUAAAGCUGGUUUGACUGAUAAAGGAUUGGAGUUGUUGAAUUCAAUGGAGAGUUUUGGGGUUUUGCCUAAUAAAGUUGUGUAUAACACCAUUGUCUCGAGUUUCUGUAGAGAAGGUAGGAAUGAUGAUUCUGAAAUGCUGGUGGAGAAGAUGCGGGAGGAAGGUUUUGUUCCUGAUAUUGUAACUUUCAACUCUAGGAUAUCAGCGCUUUGUAAAGAAGGAAAGGUUUUGGACGCGUCUAGAAUUUUCAGUGAUAUGGAGCUAGAUGAGUAUCUGGGUCUUCCUCGUCCCAAUAGUAUAACGUAUAACUUGAUGUUGAAAGGUUUCUGUAAAGUAGGGUUGCUGGAAGAUGCCAAGACCCUCUUUGAGUCGAUUAGAGAAAAUGAUGAUCUCGUUAGCUUGCAGAGUUACAAUAUUUGGCUGCAGGAUAAAGCUAUCGAGAUAGUUAAGGGAAUGCGGGUGCAUGGAAGUGCUGCUCUUGGUAACCUAGGCAAUUCAUAUAUCGGCCUGGUGGAUGAUAGCUUGAUCGAGAAUAAUUGUUUGCCUGACCUGAUCACGUAUUCAACUUUACUUAAUGGUUUGUGCAAAGCUGGAAGGUUUGCUGAAGCCAAAACAUUGUUUGCCGAGAUGAUGGGAGAAAAACUGCAACCAGACUCUGUCGCAUACAACAUUUUCAUCCAUCAUUUCUGCAAACAGGGGAAAAUAUCAUCUGCAUUUCGCGUUCUCAAAGACAUGGAGAAGAAAGGUUGUCAUAAGAGCCUAGAGACUUAUAACUCUCUGAUCCUGGGCUUAGGCAUAAAAAACCAGAUUUUUGAAAUUCAUGGACUGAUGGAUGAGAUGAGAGAAAAAGGCAUUUCACCUAAUAUCUGCACCUACAAUACUGCAAUCCAGUAUCUUUGUGAGGGAGGAAAAGUUGAAGAUGCAACUAACCUCCUUGAUGAAAUGAUGCAAAAGAACAUAGCCCCAAAUGUAUUUUCCUUCAAAUAUUUAAUUGGAGCGUUCUGUAAGGUCCCUGAUUUUGACAUGGCCCAAGAAGUGUUUGAAACUGCUGUAAGUAUCUGUGGACAAAAGGAAGGCCUGUACAGCUUGAUGUUCAAUGAGUUGCUUGCUGCAGGGCAAUUAUUAAAGGCUACGGAGUUGCUUGAAGCUGUUUUAGAUAGAGGUUUUGAGUUGGGGACUUUUCUUUAUAAAGAUCUUGUUGAGAGCUUAUGUAAGAAGGAUGAGCUAGAAGUAGCUAGUGGAGUUUUGCAUAAGAUGAUAGACAAAGGAUAUGGGUUUGACCCUGCAGCAUUGAUGCCUGUGAUAGAUGGCUUAGGUAAGAUGGGAAACAAGAAAGAGGCAAAUAAUUUUGCUGAGAAGAUGAUGGAAAUGGCUUCGGUUGGUGAAGUAGCAAACAAAGUCGAUCCAAAGGCAAGGGAUAUACACCAGAAAAAGCAUAAUAAGUAUGGUGGUAACAACUGGCAGAAUAUAUUACACAGAGAUGACGGUAGUGGAAUUGCGCUAAAGUCUCUGUCAAGGGUAAAAAAAGGAUGGGGUCAAGGGGAUAUGUCAAGCUUCCAGCCUCAGAGAGUUGACUACUUAGACUACUGGGAGGACGAUGGUUAAGGAAUAGCGUGACUCUGCUUUCUUUCUGAUGGGAAAGUUCAGAUGGCGGUCAGUCAAGUUUUUGAGGUGCAGCUCAUCAAGGAUGACAGGUAAAGGUAAGAAACUAGGACUGAAAAA